AUGGAGCUGCUAAGUGGAAGAAUGCCAACAGGUGGGAGCUUUGGUGUAGAUAUAGACACGGUUAGAAGGGUCGAGUCACGAAUGGAAAUCCAAGGAUCUGAACAUGAGAAGCUAAUUGAUCCUCUGCUGAAACCACUUUUACCCAAUGAAGAAACUGCUGCGUUCCAAGUGUUAGAAGUAGCCUUGCAGUGCACAAAAACUGCACCUGCAGAAAGACUAUCAUCACGGCACGCUUGUAAUCUCCUUAUACAUGUACUUGACAAUAAGAUGGUUCAGUCUGAGAAAAUGGGCCCAGAUCAUCUAUAUGCAUUAGUUCAUGAUUUGAAAAAAUCUCUUUCAGAAGUUCGACCAGUAAUAUGUUGGUGUUUACCUACCUACAACUUGGUUUUUAUUGAUUCCUUCUCACUGCCCCCAAGUACAAAUAAGUGA